GUGAGCCGCACUGCCACGGCCUUAUCAUAACGCCAGUCAACACACGAUCCUUCGUUUCACACCCACACCGAACUCGCCAUAAACUGUCAAGUCGAGACUGGGCAAUGCCCUAGAAGGACCUCGCCCCCCGGUGAUGACUUGGGAUCCAUCUUCUCCAAAUUCUCCCAUAUGUCGCGGCUUGAAGGGUUAUGGCGACGCUCUGGACGUGAUCGAGCCAAAGACUUGACUCAUUGCUGCCGGCCUCCUUGACUGGCAUCGCCUUACCAGGCGCCAACAUCAACAUGGAGGCCCAUCCUCACCACCACACACGAUACGUUCCGUGUCCCGACAGAGGGCCCGCCGUCUUUGUCGUCACCACGGUGACAAUAUGCUUGGCUACCCUCUUCGUCGCUGGUCGAAUGGUAUCUCGUAUCGGAAUCGUACGCAGAGUCGGAUGGGAUGACUACAUCAUCGUUUUUGCCUGGCUCAUGGCCAUGUUCCUAUCCGCCACCAUUGACAUGGCCACGAGACGUGGUCUAGGUCGUCAUGACGGGGAUAUCCACCCUCAGGACCUGCCAAGAUUGAGGAUGUGGGAAUAUGUCUUUUCCAUCCUAUACAAUCCGGCCCUUAUGGCCACAAAGACGUCCAUCCUCGUCUUCUACCUUCGCCUGGCUAAGCACACGCAAAAGGUCCUUCGGAUGGCCUCUUGGGCCGUCCUAGUGGUUGUGAACGUUGCUGGAACCAUCCUCACUUUCAUGAACAUCUUUCAGUGCACCCCUACGCGAGCUGCUUGGGACAUCACGGUCGAGUCGGCCAAGUGUUUGCCGUUGUUGACCGAGUUUAUCUGCUCCUCCCCCGUGAACAUAGUUACCGAUCUAGCUGUCUUGGCUCUCCCUAUUCCCGUGCUCACCGGCAUGCGUCUACCCCCGAGACAAAAGACGAUUCUUAUCUUUACCUUUACUCUCGGUAUCUUUGUGACGGUCGUCGACGUCGUCAGGAUCUACUACCUCCAGCAGGCCGUGGGUAUGGUAGCCAUGAGCGCUUCAGACGACCCCAGCGCAAUCUACGGUCAAAGUUCGAAUUUCCACUGGAACGCAUCACUCUCUUUGAUGUGGUCGGCUGUCGAGGUCAACGUCGGCAUCAUCUGCGCCUGCAUUCCGACUCUGAAACCCUUGAUUAUCCGAAUCCUUCCUGCCAUGAUCAUCGACCCCGACGGAACUCGCAGCAGCACCCGGGAUAGUGCCCAAUUGGUGGACGCCGGCUUCAAGCAGGACAACUCCGACAGCAGCCAACCCAUUACCUUUUCGACGUUGAACGACUCCCACGCAAGCGCCCCUCAAACCCCGGAGCAGGUCCAUGUACGCAAUGGCAGGCUGUCCGAAGAGAUCUCCUUCAGAGACUUCUUGUCAGCAUCAGCCCUCAACGAAAUCCCCGCACCCGAAGGCAGGAUGCCUACCCUCCCGGAUCGACGAAGGUUCUCUUCAGCCCAAGAGAACUCCAUCUACUUUGGUUUCGUGGAAAUGAAGAAGCCAAAGAGCAUGGUCAAGUCUUCGGUAUCCGAAUCGCUCAAGUACUGCACCAUCGUCAGCAUCCUCUUUUUCCUCUGGGGCUUCUCUUACGGCCUCCUCAACACUCUCAACAAUGUCGUGGCAAACGUGGCUCACAUGACCACGGCACAAGCUUUGGGAUUGACGAGCGUCUACUUUGGCGGUGGUUAUUUCCUUGGACCUCUUCUCGUUGGAGGCUGGCUGCUCAGUCACGACGAACAUCGCCGGUUCAGAAGGAGACGACGUGGCGAUAUCGAACCCAUUGGUGGCUUCAAGGCUACCUUCAUUGUGGGUCUGCUCAUCUACGGCGUCGGAACCAUCAUGUUUUGGCCGUGUGCCGUCCUCGCAUCCUAUAGCGGGUUUAUGGCCAGCAGCUUUGUUGUUGGGUUCGGAUUGGCCGUCUUGGAAACCGCCGCCAACCCCUUUCUUGUGCUCUGCGGACCACCCGAAUAUGCCGAUAUGCGACUUCUCCUAGCUCAGGGCAUACAAGCCACCGGAGCCGUCCUGAGUGGUGUUCUCGCUAAUAACGUCUUCUUCCACAAGAUCGAAGAACGAAGACACAGUCCCACGACUUUGCUCGACGUCCAAUGGACCUACCUCACCAUCACCCUCCUCUGCGUACUACUCGCACUCUUCUUCUACUACUCCCCCUUACCCGAAGUGACCGACCGCGAACUCGGCCGGCUCUCCGAACGCCUCCCCAUCGACCCCAAAAAACGCUCCAUCGGCGGUUUGUCGCUACGAACAUGGUGCAUCCUCCUCGCCGUCUUCUCCCAAUGGUUCUACGUCGCCGGCCAAGAAAACAUGUCCGUCUACUUCACCCGCCUCAUGACCGCCUUCUCCUCCACGCACGAAGAAUACCCCGACUCGCGGCCCGAGGGAUUCGAAAUAAGCACGCUCCACUACCUCGUCGUGUCACACUCCGCCUUUUCCACCUCCCGCUUCAUCUCCGCCUACCUCUGCUACUUACAUAAAAAACACCCCACCUCCCGAUUCAUCCCGACCCCGCGCACGAUCCUCAACGUCUGCACCGUCCUAUCAACAGUCUUCAUUUUGGUGACUGUCGUCUACAAAGCCGCCUCCAACCCCAACUUCAUGGUCAUCCCCAUCAUCUUCUUCUUCUUCUUCGAAGGCCCCAUCUGGCCUUUAAUCUUCAGCCUCGGUAUGCGCGGCCAAGGAAAGCGAACAAAACAAACAGCCGCUUGGCUAACGAUGGGCGGCUCUGGCCCAGCCUUCUGGCCGUUCGUUUCCUACGCUAUCCUGCAAAGAGGCGGAAGCAUCCAAACCUCCUUCAUCGUCGGCAUUGUGUUAAUGGCAAUGACAAUGGUCUACCCCAUUUUCCUCACCGUCGUUCGAGACGCGCGAGAGAUGUCUGAUCAUGUCAUGGUCACCACUCCAUCGCAGAAAAGACGGCGGAGCGGGGAUGUUGAGUCUGGUGGUGUUGGUCUUGUCUCUGAAUGCAGGGUUAGCGAAAUGUCGAUGACUAUUGACCAAAUCAUUGCCAACCGCCAAAAAGAAAGGGAAAAAGCUGCAGAAAGGGCGGCGAGGAGAGCGGAGAAUGGAGGCGCGCUUAAGAGGCUAUCGACAUGUUUGGGGAUUGGCACUGAGAAGACUUCUAAUGAGGAUACCAAGGAGGAGAAGAGGAAGUCUCAGCAGCAGCAGCAGCAGCGGACGGAGGUGCAGUUUGAGAAGCAGCAGUGGGGAAAGAGUAGUGGUGAGGAUGAACCUCGGAAGGACCCUGGGGAACAGGAAGAAGAUCAUGUGAGUGGACAUGAUCGGGAGGGACAGGUGGAUGAAGUGACGGACCCGAAUCCGACUCCGGAGUGGGAAAGACAGAUGGCGCCUUGGGAACUUCCGCAGUUGGAGCUUGAUACGCGGAUUUUGGAGGAUUAAAGAGAAGUUGAAGAGUGACGAAAGAAGAGAGAGGUGGUGGAUGAAACCUGAUCCGUCAUGAUUGAUGAUUUAUGCAGAAACGAAAAGAGAUACCAGGGCGUGGGAGGUACAGUGGAGGAUAUACCAAGGAAGACAUUACCAACGUUUUGCGCCACGACUCAAGAAGACAGACGUAAGAGCGGUCAGAAGAGGAGUUAUGGAAAGAGGAUUAUGAGAAGAGGAAAGAGGACAGAGGAAAAGUGUUGCUCGCAACAUCACCAGCACGCACAUACC